UCAAUAUCAAGAAACUGACUCUCUAAUAAUCUUUAAUACCAUCAUGAUCUUAACCAUUCCUCAAUCAAAGUUUUUCAAUAUGGCAAAGUCGGAAAAGGGCCGGCGGUUCAUCAUCUCGUCUUUCCUGUUCAUCGCGUUUCUAUGCACCAUAGCUUCCAUAAACGAAAUCCGGUUCGACCACUUGUUAACAUUUAGCAAAUGUGCAUUAUCUUACACUUCUUAUAAUUCAUCUUUCGACAACUCUCUUCUACCCGUACGUUCCUCAGACGAUGAAAUCCGUGUCCUUCUCGCCAUUCUAACGCUCCCAGACCAAUACCAGCGCCGCCAGUUCCUCCGCCUCGUUUAUGGGACCCAGACAGUGGAGUCUGGAAGAGUCGAUGUAAAGUUCGUCUUUUGCAACCUUACAAAAGAAGACCAAAAGGUCUUAAUAGCACUCGAGAUCAUGCGGUAUGAUGACAUCAUCAUCUUGAACUGCACGGAGAAUAUGAACAAGGGUAAGACCUACACCUUCUUCUCGAGCUUGCCAGAUAUGUUAAACGACGUGCCAGAUGGGUUCGGCGGGUCCUACCCGCCAUACCAUUAUGUAAUGAAAGGUGAUGACGAUGCGUACUUCCGGCUUGAUAAUUUAGUAGAGUCGUUAAGGCCGUUGCCAAGAGAAGAUUUAUAUUACGGGUAUACUAUCCCAUGUGAUAGUAUGGAUCCUUAUGGGCGUUACAUGUCGGGAAUGGGAUACUUGAUAUCAUGGGAUAUCGUCGAGUGGAUUAGAGAUUCAGAGAUCCCGAAAAGCCAUCUAGAAGGUCCUGAAGACAAAGUUUUUGGAGAUUGGAUGAAAGAUGGUCAACGAGGAAAGAAUCGGCACAACGCUAAGUGGUCUAUGUAUAACUAUCCCGACCCACCAACGAAAUGUACACACGAACUUUGGCCAAAUACGGUGGCGGUACACCUUUUGAAGACUCCAGAAAAGUGGAUUCAGACACUAAAGUAUUUCAAUGUCACCCAAGAUCUUAAACCUUCUAAAUUGUACCAUAUACCCUAGAUCAUAGUAGUAAACUAGUAACGCUUAAUUCCUUAACCAUUUUUUGUUAUUUUUUUUUACAUCGAAAUGUAUACAAUAAAGAGUCCAUUAUCGGUUAACUGCUA